GACAGGCAUCUACGACAUAGCGGAGGAACUCGUAUGCAUCCUCCUGGCGCCCCCACCUGAAGUGCUCGGCAAAUAGGGGCAUGCAGCGGAUAACUUUUGCUGGGGAAUCGAGCGCCCCAGCAUCUGCCCGAAGCAGCCGAGCAAUCUGGAGCAGGAGCCGAGCUCGACGCAGGGAGUUCCAUGGCGAGCAGGGGAAGCAGAGAAGGGAGAAGGAAGGGGAGCAAGCAGCGGCGUGGCUGCUGGCGCUAGCAGGCAGAGGGCGCUCGGCGAGCUGCACGGGAGGAGCACGCAGGGAGCAGCUGGGCGCGAGCAGAAGGAGAUCCGGCGAGCGCAGGGCACGCCAUGGAGAGGAGCGAAGGAGAUUGGGGCCGUGUGCAGCAGAGAAGCUCCAGCAGCGGCCGCGACAGAGGGAGAUGAAGAGGUGAUGCGGCUGCUUCCAGGAGAUAAAGCUGGUGCUUGAAAAAAUCUGCGUACGGCAAAAGGGAAGGGCGGCUGAGCGGCGUUGGGAUAAGGGCAGGCUGAGAUCUUUUUUUAUUUUCUUUUUCUUUUUCUUUGUUUUUUUGUUUAUCAGAAUUCGAAGAUAUUUUGGAUCGA